UGGUGGCCGUCAGCCCGCGAACAUCGGAGCUGUGGAUAUUCAAAGCUAAUAUCGCGGAUGAUGAGAAACAGUGGGAGAAGCUACACACGCUGUCCAAGCACGAGGACCUGAUAUCAGGCGUGGACUGGGGCGCCAAGAAGAACCGCAUCGUCACUUGCUCACACGACCGCAACUCGUACGUGUGGAACUGGGUGGAGGGGGAGUGGAGGGCGGCACUGGUCAUUCUCAGACUGAACAGGGCGGCGCUCUGUGUGGCAUGGAGUCCCCAAGAGAACAAGUUUGCUGUGGGAAGCGGAUCCAAGACUGUCAGUGUAUGCUACUACGAUGACGAUAACAGCUGGUGGGUGAGCAAGGUGAUUCGCAAGAAGCAUGCCUCAUCAGUCACCAGCGUUGCCUGGCAUCCAAACAAUCUUCUACUAGCGACCACAUGCACAGAUAACAAGUGUCGGAUAUUCUCAGCUACAAUCAAAGGGGUUGACUCUAAGAGUUCGGAGAGCUCUUCCUCUGGCGGAUUUUCUGGGAAGUUUGGAGAGCAACUUCUGCAGCUGGACUUGGCAUUUGGAUGGACGUUUGGAGCCAGGUGGUCGCCUUCAGGGGCCAACCUCGCGUUCGUUGGCCAUGACUCCACCAUCCAUUUUAUCAACGAUGUCGGCCCCUCCCUCACCCUCCACUCCAUCUCCCUCCGAUACCUCCCACUGCGUGAUGUUCUCUUCCUCUCUGAUCGCCUGCUGGUGGCGGCUGGCUUUGAUUACAAUCCCAUUCUCUUCAGUGCCGAUGCCAACGGCACAUGGACGUUUGUGAGAGUACUGGAUGGUUCUGAGGAGCCCUCCGGCACUGCCACUGGCGCGGCUCUCUCUGCGAAGGACGCGUUCGGUCGGUCUAUGGAACGCGGAAAUUCCCUCCGCUCCUCCCUGAACGAUGCUGCUCCCAACGCCCCCUCCAUUCCCGACUCGGAGCUCUCCAAAGGACCUAGCACUGUUCACCAGGACUGCAUCACCUGCAUUCGGCCAUUGGGUUCAGCGGACGAUUCAAUCAUUCAGCAAUUUUCGACCUCAGGAAAGGCGAAGGCGAAGGCGAAGGUGUCAGAGCAGCCGCUUAAGUACGUCGGUACGACAGACCCGAUCGCCGCAGCGCGUCACGUGAAAUGGGCGCGAGUAGCGUUCUUCGUCGCUGUUGGAAUCGAUAUUGCCUUCACACUUGCUCUGCACUAUUCUCUCCACAACGCCGUCUGGACUCCCGAUUUCAGCUCCUUUAACGAAUUCGUCAAAAGCAUCCUCAGCUUCAGAUCAGACUCCCUCGAUCUCAUUUUGAUCGCUAUAGUCAGAGCAAUCUCGCUGUCGAUUCUGUCAGAAAUAGCUGCUCGAUACGCGUGGCAGGAAGGCUGGGAGCUUGAAAUUCCGAAAAAGGAACAGAAGGGGAGGGCAGGAGGCGGAUCAGGAGCCAAUGCAGCGAGAAGAGGGUCUCAUGAUAUGAACGGGGGGGUGCAUGCUCCGCUUCUGGCUCGGGGAACGGAUAAGGAGAAGGAGAAGGAGGAAGAGGAGGAGGAUGAGGAGGAGGAGAAGAAGCAUGAGGUGAUAUCGUGGAAGAAGGAGGAGGAGGACCAGGGCUUUAAGGAGUGGAUGAGCAAUGUGUCGGCCAAGGACGUGACGGUCUUCGUCUCCUUCCUCCUCUGCACCUUCUUCCAGGUGUAUGUGGGCGCCAAGUGCGUCAACUUCGUCUUCCCCAGCGAGUUCCUGCAGGGCUGGCUGAUGGGGUCGGCCAUCAUCUGGAUCAAUGCCGAGUCCACCCUCCUGGGCAACCUCUCCGAGUGCAGCGGCGUGCUUGGCCGGGCGCUGGCGCUAAAGGACAAAGCGGAGCAUGCGCAGGGGCAUGGGCAUGGGCACGGGCAUGGGCAUGAGGCGAGGAGGAGGUCGUCUGAGGGGGAGAAUGGAGGCGGAUUGGAGGUGACCACCUCUGCUGCCGGCUCACACGGCUCUACCAGCGGAGCAAAGAAGGCGGCUCGUGGGCCCAGCGGCAAGCAGCAGGGGCAGGAGGAGGCGCUAGAUGAGACAGCUCUUAGAGGGGACAAGGGAAUCCGUUUUGAGAAGGUUCUGACCCCCCGGCAGUACCUGCUGCGCUCCAUCGGCCUGGCCUACAAAGAGCUGCCCCUUAUAGUCACGGGCUUCACCUGCCUUGCUGUCACCUCGGGUGCCGGGCUGCUCAUCCCCACCUACCAGGGUCGCAUUGUGGAUGAUGUGAAGGACGGGCACGCCGAUAAAGCCCAGUUCCAUCGGGACGUGCUGGCCAUGGCGCUCUGCUCGCUCAUCACCGGCAUCUUCGGGGGCCUGCGCGGCCUCUGCUUCUCCGUCGUCGGCAAGCGCGUGCUCAAAACCCUCCAGGACAAGCUCUUCGAGGGCGUGAUCAUCCAAGACAUCGCGUAUUUCGACUCGACAACCACUGGAGAGUUGACUUCCCGGCUGACCAAUGACGUGGCUGCUAUGUCUGAGCCGAUUAACUGGCAGCUGUCGGCGCUGGUGCGGAAUCUGGCGUCGCUGGUGGGCGGCGUGCUGCUGUGCUUUGUGACGUCGUGGAAGCUCAGUAUUCUCGCGUUCACCACCAUGGCGCCCAUUCUGCACAUCACAGCGGUGUACUCGCGCUGGUCCCGGGACCUCAACAGGAAGCGAUACGCGGUGCUAGCAGAGGCAAAUAGUGCAGCAUCGGAGGCACUGUCCAACAUCCGCACAGUGCGGGCAUUCUCAACGGAGGUGGUGGAGAGGGAGCGGUACGAGAGCAAGACCAUGGCGGCCAUGGCCAAGGGCGUGAGGGACGCCCUCGCCUACUCGGGUGCCGUCGCCAUCAACAACUGGCUCGACCUGGGGGCUUCUGUACUUAUUCUCUGGUACGGAGGAGUGCUGGUGAUGGAAGGGCACAUGCGCCUGGGCCAGCUGAUCGCCUUCCAGCUCUACUGGAAUUUGAUCCAGUCGGGGUAUCAGAGCAUCAUGUCUGUACUCAUGUCCCUCACCAAGGCCUCUGGUGCUGCUCAGAGGGUGCUCUCUCUCAUCGACUCUCUCCCAGAUAUUGACCCUGACGCGGGCACCAAGGUGUCCACGCUGCAGGGAUCCAUUCGCAUGGAGGACGUGCAUUUCCACUACCAGAUGCGACCAGAGCACCCCGUGCUCAAAGGAGUAUCCCUCCACGUGGACGCAGGCCAAGUGCUGGCCCUGGUGGGUCGCAGCGGCGGAGGCAAGUCCACCGUGGUGCAUCUCCUCAUGCGCUUCUACGAUCCUGUGCAAGGCCGCAUCGUGAUGGACGGCCGAGAUCUGCGCGAGCUGAAUCUACGGUCGGUGCACGCGCACAUGGGGCUGGUGGCGCAGGACACGCAGAUGUGGGCAUGCAGCAUUGAGGAGAACAUCGCUUAUGGCUUGCCUUCCUACACUCGAGCUGAGGUUGAAGAGGCUGCCAAGCACGCCAAUGCGCAUGAUUUUAUCACCAAGUUCCCCGAGGGGUAUGCCACUCGCGUUGGGGAGAGGGGAGUGCGACUCUCAGGCGGCCAGAGGCAGCGCAUAGCCAUUGCUCGCAUGCUGCUGCGCCGCCCCCGAGUUCUUUUGUUAGACGAGGCCACGUCAGCCUUAGAUGCGGAGAGCGAGGCGCUGGUGCAGGGUGCUCUUGACCGGCUGAUAGCGGAGGGCGGGCGCACCAUCGUGCUCGUGGCCCACCGCCUCUCCACCGUGCGCAAUGCUGACAGCAUCUGCGUGCUGGAAGGGGGAAAGGUGGCUGAGAACGGGACUCACGAGCAGCUGCUGGAAAUACCAAAUGGAGUGUACGAGAGGUUGGUCCGACGGCAGCUGAGCAAGGCAGCCAACACUCUUGGGGGAAUUGAGUCGUCAGCUGCAGCAGCCGACAAGCAUGAUCGUAUUGACUCCUUGAUAGAGGAAGUGCACUGA